AUGAUUCCCGAAAAGAACAUCCAAACAAAGGCCUUCGUGGUCGAAGCACCCAAUGCCCCCUUUGUCCUUCAAGAUGUUGUGCUGGACGAAGUGCGAGAUAAUGAAGUCCUCGUCGAAAUGAAGUAUACUGGUCUAUGUCACACGGAUAUUGUGGUCCAACAGGGUGCUAUUCCCGUCGGCGAUUAUCCAGCUGUCCUGGGACAUGAAGGUGCAGGUGUUGUGCGCCGAGUUGGUAGUGCCGUUAAGGAUAAAUCCUUGAAAGAGGGCGAUCAGGUUUUUCUCAGCUUUACCACAUGCGACAGCUGCAACUACUGUAAGGAUGGACGCAAAGGAUUCUGCCAUAAUUUCACCACGAUCAACUUCGCCGGUGUGCGAGGCAUGUCUGCCGCUGAUUCGCCUAUCUCUACCCCCGGAGGCCAGCCCAUUCGAGGACAGUUCUUCGGUCAGUCUUCAAUGAGUAAGCUGGCCGUUGUGAAUGAGGCUUCGAUCGUGAAGAGCGAGUUCAAGGUCAGUGAUUCAGAUCUUGCCGCCUUGGCUCCCCUCGGAUGCGGCUAUCUUACCGGUGCCGGUACCGUCUUGAAUGUCCUCAAGCCCAAGCCCAAUUCUCGAUUAGUUGUUCUUGGAAUGGGUGCUGUCGGCUUGGCUGCGAUGAUGGCUGCCCGUGCUUUGGGUGUUGAGACCGUUGUCGCUGUUGAUAUUGUCGACUCGAAACUCGAGCUGGCGACCUCUCUUGGAGCCACGCACACGCUGAACACGAAGCGUGUCUCCGAUCUUUCAGAGGGGCUGCAUGAAAUGUUCCCCGACGGUGUCGAUAAUAUCGUUGACACAACCGGUUUUGUGCCUUUGCUUCAAUCAUCUAUUUCAGCACUGGGCCAUGGGGGAACUCUGGUCUUUGUUGGUGUCGCUCCGGCCACUGGCACGCUUACCAUCAGUCCACUGGAAAUCAUGCUUAGCUGUAAGCGAGUGAUCGGAGCAAUUGAGGGAUGCUCGGACCCGGUCAAGCUUCUCCCGCAACUGCUCGAAUGGUACAAGCAGGGCAGGUUCCCAGUCGAUAAGCUGGCUAAGAUUUAUAACACGGACUCGCUGGACCAGGCAUUGGAAGAUUUAAAGGCCGGCAAAAUUAUCAAGCCGAUUCUCAAAUGGGAGGAUCUAUAA